AUGAUAUCUUUUCCCCUAUCUUCUGAGGUGUUUAAUCACCCAGUUGAUCCAGACGUACAAUCUGACUGCCCUCCAGUUAAGAAAGCAAAACGGUCUUAUUGUGAUAAUAAAAGUCCAGUGGAGGAAGAAGAAGAUAUAGUAAUGACAGCUGAUGUUGGAGUUACUGAAUUAAAUGAUACAAUUAAUAGUAAUAAUUUAAUUGAACUUUUAAAAAAAAAUCAACAUAGAUUUGAUGAAGUUUUAUUUAAUAAAGAUGAUAAAAGAAUUGAUGAUGACAAAUUUAAAAAUAGGACAACAGAAAAAAAAUUUUUAUCAACAACAGAAAAAAGUACAAUUAGAGUAAUUGGUCAAUAUCUAUAUAACCUUGGUUUAUUAGAAUCAUGUGAUGCAUUGAUGAAAGAAUCAGGUUGUAGUGUUGAGGAUACUCGUGCUAUAGCAUUACGUGAAUAUAUUGUCAAAGGAUAUUGGGAUGAAUGUAUUGCAAUUCUUGAUGAUAUGAAUGAAGUAUUUAAGAGUGAUGAACAAAAAUUAGAAUUAAAAAUAUUAUUAUUAGAAGAAAAAAUUAAAGAACAAAUAACACAUGGUGAUUAUUGUUUAGCUUUUAGAACAUUACAAAUAGAAUAUCCAUCUGAUCCUAGAUUAAGUAAAAGAAAAAUUGAUUUUGUAAAAAUAAUGAUAGAAAAUAAAUAUAAUGAUAGAAUAUCAUGUUGGUGUGAUGAAGGUUAUGAACAAUAUAAUAAAAAUAUUCAAGAAGAAAGAAGAGAAUUAAUUGGUGAUAUUCAAACAUUAUUAGAACCAGACUUUUUACUACCACCUCAUAGACUUGAUGAAUUAUUAAAACAAUCAGUUAAAAAUCAAUCAGAAGAUUGUAUGUAUCAUAUUAAUGGUAAUAUUCCACCAUCACCAAUUAAUAAUAGCCUUAUUUAUAAUCACAAAUGUUCUUUUGAUGAAUUUCCUGGACAUAUUAGAUUAGUUCUUCAUCAUAAUUAUAAUGAAAUACUAGCACUUGAAUUUUCACCAUGUGGUAAAUAUCUUGCUACAACAGGUAGAUCACGUACUUCCUCUAUUUAUACCAUUAAUGAUGAUGGAUCAUUUGGUGGUGAACUAAAAUUAUCAUUUCCAUCAACAAUAGCUGGUGGUGGUUGUAUAUCAUGGUCAUCUAAUUCAGAAUGUUUAGCUAUAGCAUCACUAGAUGACGAUAGAAGUGGUGUCUUUGUUUAUAGUGCAAAGACUGGAUAUCUUUUGCGUCAAAUAUGGUCAUUACCGGAAAGUAAUGAAGCAUUUACACUAGUUAGUUUCUUUCCGAAAGACAAUAGUUCAAGAUUAGCAUUUGCUGAUUUAAAAGGACAUUUUUAUGUUGCUGAUUUUGAAUUAGACCAUAAUCUUCGCUAUGAUGUUAUUGAUGGUUUUAGGAUGAGAGCAUUAAUUUGUUUAAGUGAUGAUUGUUCAGUCAUUGCUGCUGAUACACAUAAUCGUAUCAGAAAGUAUACUUUUGAUAUUUCUGAAAAUCAUAGCCCAAAAGGAGAAACAUUGAUGACAUUUGAUUCACCAAUAAUUCAUAUGGCUAUUGAUAAAAGUGAAAAAUUUUUACUUGUAACAACAAGAACAGCGGGUCAUCGUGUAAUUAAUAUUGAAACUCGACAAAAUGUCGGUACUUAUUACGGUGCUCAUAUCACAAAUUGUAUUAUUACCUCAUGUUAUGGUGGUCCACAGGACGAAUUCAUUGCUAGUGGUUCUGAAGGUAAUAAUAAAGUCGUAAUAUGGAAUAGAAAGAAAGCUGAACCUCUUUUAUAUUUAAACGGGCAUAGUAAAAUGGUAAAUUCAGUUUCAUGGAAUUCCGUUAAUCCAUAUAUGUUGGCAUCUGCGGGUGAUGAUGGUACUGUUAUAAUAUGGACUCCAAAAAGAAUGGUUCCACCAUCAGGAGAAGAUCAUAUACAAUAUAUGGAAGGUACCCGUAUAUCAGGUGACAAAUGGACAAAAACCAAAAAAAAGGUUAUUGAAAAAAAUGGUAAAAGUCAACCUGAUUACUUUACAUCAGAAUUUUAUGGUCCAGAAUGGUAA